AUGGCUCUCUGGGGCAAAAUUGGGGUGCAGGUGGUGGAGUCUGCGACGGGGCUGUUUGAAAAAUCUAAACGCUCGCUUGUUGGCGACGGUUCGUACGCGGGAUUUGUCAAAGCUGUUUUUGCACAAGUUCCCGAUGCGCAACGCGUCUCAGAGGAGGGUGAGGAUUGGGGGUACUUGAUCUAUGUGCAAACUGCCGGCUCGGUGCAGCGCCGCAUUGCUGAUAUCCUGCCGGGCGACGUGAUCGCCCUAUGGGAUGCGAAGCUCAAGGGCCACAAGGGACUUCACACGUAUAGCCAAACUGUUGGCGCAGGGGAUAACGGUCCGCUUAUAGGUGUGGUGAGUGAGGUGGAGAGUAAAAAGAGCAAAGUUCGCGUAUGGCAAGCGAACCAGCAUGUCGGUCAGCAGACUGUGGAGAAUGUGAGUUACAGGUUGGAGGAUUUGAAGAGUGGGGUUGUUAAGGUGCGCCAUCUUCUCUUUUUAUUUUGGUAA